AUGAAUAGUGAAACGAAAAUGGAUAAUACUAAUAUGAUAAAUAAACUCAAUAAAGAAAAACAUGAAGAAAUUAUAGAAUGUUUAAAAAAUAAAGAUUUAGGUAAAAAUGUUUUUGAAACCUUAGAAAACUUUUUUUUGGAAGAAAAAGAAAACAACAAAAAUAAUUAUAAAGAAUUAUAUCAUCUUAUAAACAAAAUAAAAACAGAUUUUGAUGAUAAAAUUAAUUCUCUAAAAGAUAAUACUCACGAAAAUUUUGAAGAAUUGAAAUAUUAUAUGGAUGAAUUAAAUAAAAACAAUAAAGAGAAUACUUUAGAUAGUAAUUCUUUCAAAGAUGAUAUUGAUUUUAUAAAAGAUGAUUUACUAAAUUUAAAAAAACAAAAAGAUGAAAAUAUAAAUCUAAUAAAAUCUAGCACAAGAACAUACUUUGACAAAAUAAAAAGUAUGUUAAAUAUUAUGAAUAUAAAUAUUGAAAAUGUAAAAGAAGAAAUCACUAAAUACAAAGAAAAUAAUGAAAUUGAAAAUAAAAAAAAAUAUAUUGAAAUUCUUCAAUUAAUAAAUGAUGAAAACGAAAUUUUAAAUAAAAGAAGAGAAGAAUCUGUUAAUUAUAUAAACGAAGAAAUAAAGCAAGUUAAAGAAUAUAUUAAUGGUUUUAAAGAAAGUCUAGAAAAACAUAUAAAAAAUAUAGAAUAUAAAAUAGAAAUAAAUAAAAAGGAAAUAGAUGAAAAAAUAAAUACUAUAUCAAAAAAUCAAAAAAAAUUUUUAGAAGAUUUUUAUCCUUCUUAUAAAAAUUAA